GAAGUGGUGAACACAAAAUCAAUCCCGAGUUCGCGAGCCGUGUUGGGAAAAUCGACCACCGUAUGACCUAUAUAUAGAAAGAUAUGCCGCCAUUGUGAAAAAAAUACCCUCAGCUCCGUCCCCCUUUUUCUCUAAGUGAAAAGCCAAAAUUUUUCGCGCCCUGCCACCAUUCAGUUUCGGGGCCAUGGACCUCGAAAUGCAACUACGAGCCGCGGAGGCGCGCCGGGCCGAUCUGGAACGCCAACAUCAAGAAGCCCUCACCGUUCUAGCCGGGUGCGGACCUGACACGCUGGAAGCACGUCAGUCACGAGUGAGGGAAUUGGAGAAGAAAAUCGCUUUGGAAAAUGUCAGGUGUGAGGAACUCCAGCUAGAACUAUCAUCAACAGCUCGUACUCGAGGAGUUACCUCAACAGGUUUAUCGGGUUUGGGUACAAACUAUGUCACUCCAGGGCACCAUCAGCACCAUCAGCAGCACCACCAGCCCUGGUCGCAAACAAAAGGUACUGAGAUUGAAAAAAUUAUGGCAAAAAUAGAGCAGGAUAACAGAAUAUUAGCUGAGUUAGACCAUAGUCGCAGUACUACUUUAGGUCAAGGGCUAGCAACAAGUGUCAGUUCUCAUGCUUUAGGAGAGUGUAGCCCGCCGAUAUCACCGAUCACAAUGUCGCACACGACGCCCAGUAUUUAUCCGAUCAACACGUCGCUAGGCAGCCAUCAUAGCUAUAACGCAGGUCCAACCUACGUCUCAAAUCCAGCAAGCGUCGGUGGCUACAACGCUUCUACUUACAACAGUUUGGGUCAGCAUUACACCUCCAACAAGCCAUUGAUUGGUACCACCGGAAUGAACAGUCUCGGACACCAUCACCAGUUGAGCGGUAUUGGACAACCAACGUCAGUUUUAGGUUCUUUGAUGCAACCAAUGAGUAACGUUAUGGGAGCCAAUUCGUUGCCUUCAAGUGGCUUAGGGACUUCUAUAGUGCCUCCUUCAAAUUAUGGUACAAAUAGUAUAACGAAUAGUACCUUUACUAAUCCAUUGGUGUCGUCUAAUCCUAGUAGAGUACUUGGUCAAGUUUCGUCCUACAACAACCCUUCGUUCAACAACCCAAUUUCGAGCACGCUCAACCAAUAUUCAACCCUCAACCAGUAUUCUAACCAACUUCCGAUUGUGACCACCAGCUACACUAACGCAGUAACGUUCUCCAAUCCAUUGAGUUCACAUUUCAAUAAUUUAGGAGCCACUCAGAUGAGCAUAAAGUUAAAAGCUAUGGACGAAGUUGAUUUGGGACAACGCAGGGUUGCCACACCCGUAACUCCUCAUCCUCCUCCCUGGACCGGGACUUCGGGUAUAACUGAUCUACGACCACGAAUGCUUACAGAUGGUUUAGAAUCGGAUUGGAGCGGUGGCGCCACAGUCGGUGGUAUCCCUACAGGAGACAGGAGUUUUUUGAACGGACAGCAGGUGGUUGACGGUCAAGUGGAUAUGCUGGAUAUACCUGGAAAAGGACGGUGCUCUGUUUAUAUUGCAAGGUUUUCUUACGAACCGGAACCAGAAUCGGAAGAAGAGCUCAGCAUCGUUGCCGGUGAUUAUUUGCUAGUUUGGGGCGAACCAAUGGGUCCUGGGGGUUACUUGGACGCAGAACUACUCGAUGGACGUAGAGGACUCGUUCCAGCUCAUUUCGUACAGCGAUUAAUAGGUGAUGAUCUUCUGGAGUUUCACCAAGCAGUACUGUCAACCUUGCGCGAAGAAGAGAUCAACCAGGAAAACUUCGCGGCCGACGUCGCCAGACUGAACGAGCUCGCAGAAAUGGCAGAACAACAUGAAGACGAUACGACAGGACCUGAAGUGCCGGCUCCCAGGCAGCUGACCCUAGAACGUCAGCUCAACAAGAGCGUACUGAUCAGCUGGACGGCACCGGAAAACGUUGGACCCAACCAAAUUGAGAGCUACCACGUGUAUGUCGAUGGAGUACUGAAGGCCACUAUUAAAGCCACAGAAAGGACUAGGGCUUUAGUGGAAGGAGUCGAUAGUAACAGGCCUCAUCGGAUAAGCGUAAGGUCAGUAACAGCCAAUCGUCGGACGUCGCGCGACGCAGCUUGCACAAUGAUCAUCGGUCGCGACACUCACCAAUUAGGCCCUAGCGCUGUACGUGCCUCAAACAUAACCUCGACGUCGGCCGUUAUCAGUUGGCUGCCGGCAAAUUCUAACCAUCAACACGUCGUCUGCGUUAAUAACGUGGAAGUUAGGACUGUUAAGCCAGGCGUUUACAGGCACACUAUAACUGGUCUGGCAGCCAACACACAAUAUCGAGUUACAGUCAGAGCGAAACAUCAUCGUUCUGCCCAGAACGUAGCCAAUUUAGCCGAAGAACUACCGAUGCCCGCUGCUGCUCAUACGGAUUUUAGGACGCUUCCGAAGGGACUGCCUGAUCCUCCCAGUGAUAUUUUAGUUGAGCCAGGGCCUCAAGAUGGAACUUUACUAGUGACUUGGCAUCCCAUAUUAACACCACACCAUCCAGGCUCCUCUAUUACUGGCUAUGCAGUGUUUGCUGAUGGAAAAAAAGUGACUGAUGUUGAUAGUCCUACAGGUGAUCAUGCUCUAAUAGAUAUCUCCAAGUUAUUGGGGCUCAAUCCUCGUCACGUGACGGUGCGCACUAAAGCACGAGACAGCCAAUCAGCUGACAGUGUACCUACUCCUAUUCCUGCAAGUGUUCUGCGCGGCGGAUCAGGAAGGAGGCAGCAGCCGCACAGUGCUGUGAUGCCUGCACAUCUCCGACAGCAGAUGCCGAGGAAUCAGCAGCAAGGACCAGGACAGCAGAUAAUUGAGCCAGACGAAAAUCUAAGCGAUAAAGAAAUAUUUCCAAACUCCCAAUCGCAUAGACAACAACAGAGCGGUAUCCCUUCAAUAGUUGUUCCUAACCAACGCCAAAACCAAAUGAUGCGUAACCAACAACCGGGCAUGCGUCCGUCACCAAACAACCCCCAAAAGAAAACAAGAGACCAAAAUUCCAUACCAAAAUAUUUUGUCGCUCUAUUUGACUACGAUCCGGCAACAAUGUCACCAAAUCCGGACGCUUGCGACGAAGAACUGCCAUUUUCGGAAGGCGACACCAUCAAAGUGUGGGGCGAAAAGGACGCUGAUGGAUUUUACUGGGGCGAAUGUAGAGGUAGAAGAGGCUUUGUGCCGCAUAACAUGGUUAUGGAACUGGAUAGUAAUCACAGCAAUCAAGCGAUACAACAGCAUGGUAAUAUGGGUAAUCAGCAUGGUAAUCAAGCGCUUAACACGCCGGUUAGGCGGAUGGUAGCUUUGUACGAUUACGAUCCGCAAGAGUUGAGCCCAAAUGUUGAUGCGGAAGUAGAACUGAGCUUCGCUACCGGUCAAAUUAUCACCGUCUUCGGGGAAAUGGACGAAGAUGGAUUCUUCAAUGCCGAAAUCGAUGGCGUGCGUGGCCUGGUACCUUCUAACUUUUUAGCAGAAGCUCCUGAUCAGUUUGGACCUGGUGUUCCGAAUCAGGGACAAGGACGAGGAGACAUGUUCACAGGGCGGGGUGUGCAAGGUCAGAAUAGAGGUAUCGGACCUGGUGCUCGAGGUCCACCGCCCCCUCCAAGGGAAACCCAACAGAUGCAACAAAUGCGUGGGAAUGUUGGUGUACAGCAGAAUCGGGGCAAAGAUGCCUGCCACCUGUUGUAUAGCUCCUCUCAGUUAGACUCAUCCUUCAACAACACUCAAGCAUCGAUGUCGAACACCAACAACACUUCUACCGAGCACCAACAGAGGGGCCUCAGAGGGAUGCUGAGACCAGGGCCUGGUAACCAGUCUCAAAUGCAAACAACGCAGCCCAUGAAUCAAUCGCAACAAUUCGGCCAACAGCAGCCAUCGCAACAACAACACCAAAAUACAACAACCAUGGGUGGGCUAUUUUCGAGUCUUACAGGUUCCAACCAGUCGCAACCAUCAAACCAACAAACAUACGGACAAACCAAUCUCAACCAGCAACAACAAAAUCAACGGAUGCAACACAAAGGUGUUCCGCAAGUGAUACCAAAUGUUGGCGGUGGUAUGAAUCCUCAACAACAAUCGCAACAAGGUGGUCCUGGUAUGCCCAAUAUGCCUGGUAUGCCUAAUAUGCCUGGCAUGCCCGGUAUGCCUGGUGGUCCGAAUUUGAUGCAAAAAUUGAACGAAAUCACUGCGCCUGGGGGUGAUAUUUUGUCGAAAGGCAAAGAACUUAUUUUUAUGAAAUUUGGUCUUGGAGGUAAAUAACCUUUAAACGUAUGGAGCUUGGCGCUUUUUUAGGUUUCAUUUUACGAACUCAAAGUGAUAGGUUUAACGAAAGGUAAGUGGCAAUGUGAAGUAAUAUUCAAUAUUUGUAAGCAUCAAAUAGCUUUUUGAUAUCACUUCAUCAUGAAAUAUUGAAGAUGAAUUAUUUGAUGAUAAGGGAUACGGAUUGGUUAACAGAAUUGAUAGGAUAAGAUGUUGAUUAUUUCAGGGAGGAUUUUUUGAGGAUGUUGCGUUUAUGUUUAUUUAUUUUUUUGAGGAGAAGCCCAAAAAUGCGCGCAAGAGAGAGAGAAGUAAAUAAGACAAUAAUAAUUGUACAGUCCUUGUCUUAACUAAAUAACGUUCUUUGUAUAAAUGUCCAAGUUUUUACAUUUUACAAAAUGUGUAUUUUGAAUUUUAUAAAAUCAAAACUAAAUGUUAGAAAAAUAGAAUUGAAUAUAUGUUAAGGUGAAAGUUCAACGUAGAAUUUCUCACCCCUUCAAGAGGGGAGACCGUGAAAAUACCAUAUAGUUGAGGAGGAUAACUUUGUAUGUCAAAGUAGAAAGGGGGCGAAAUAUAAAUCAGAUUAAACGAUUCCAGAUGUUGGCAUACAUUUAAAAAAAAAAAAAAAAUUUGAAGUUUUAGUAUCCUCUAUCUCUUGACUCGACGAGUUUACUAUUACCAUGUCCAUGAGAAGUUGUCUUCCUCAAUUACAUUUCUGGUAUAUUUUUUUUUUUUUGGAUGGCGAAAAAAUAGGUGUGAGAAGUUCUAAAAUGACCAACUUCAAUAUUUUUUAUAAUUAUUUAAUAAAUACAUUUAUAUUUACUUUCAUUAAGUAAAAGUCAUUAUACUUAUGUAAAAAAUUCUUGAAUUUGAAGUUAUUUCCACUGUAAAAAUAAACGCAACAUUUUCAAAAUAAAAAUUCUUUCGUAGGUAGGCAUAUAUUGUAUUUAAUAAACAAAUUGUAUAAUAUUUCUGCUAAUAUUUUUGGUUUAUCCUUGUUAUUAACAGUUUGAUAUAAAUGAUUAAAACAUGUUCCAUACUUUUUCCAGUUACAAUAUGAAUUAAAAAUAAAACAUAUCGUAUAGAAUUCAAAAUAAAUAUGUGACUUACUGAAAAUCUUCAAGGUGGAUUGACUCAAGAUUGUACUGAAUUCAAAAACGUUGGACAUGUUUGAUACAUUUUAUACAAAAAAAAAAACAUAAGAAAAUCAAAUUAUGGCAAACCGGUAUCCAGUCUUGCUGCACACAUGUUUUGGUGUGUUUGGUUUACAUUUGUGAAAAACCAGACCCAGUUUGAUAGGUCAAUCAUAUAUUCGAUUUUUUUAAACAGUUUUUAAUCUGGUAUGGUGGCUUCUUUUGGCAUAUCCGAACAAUGAACACAAUAGUGAUCUCUCAGUACCUAAAAUUCCCUGAGAAAGUUCUUAACGGGUCGUUUAAUGUCAAACAGUUGUAGGAAUACAAUAAUUCUAGGUGUAUUAUUAGCUUUAGGUAUCAUAAAGUUUCGCAUAGACGAGGUUCAGAAACACCGAAAUGCGUCUGUAGUUGGAUAUCAUUUUGCCAUGAAUUAUGUCAAAUUUUAUGUGUUGAUAUACAUAUGUAUUUUUGGCAUUCGAUCUGCUUCGCUUCUUUAUGUACUAUGUAUAUACUAUAAUGGCAACAAUGAUAAACCAAAAUCAGUGAUUUCUCAUAACUAGUCCUCUUAUAUGAAGCAAUGCAAAUAAAAGUACAGGGUGUGCCAAAAACGUUCAGGUAUGUUAUGAAUUUUAUUAAUUACUUUUAUCUUCAUUUUUCGACAAAUAUGUUAACAACCCUUUAUUCAAAUAUGAACAUCGUUAUAGAAAAAAAAAUAAUAUUUGUUUCGUUUUUAUCAUAACCUGUACAAUAUAAAAUGUAUAACAUAUUUAAUUAAUAGCUUUUAAUACUAAAAAUAUUAUAUUUACAUAUAAAAUUUUUCAAUGAAAAGUAAUGGGAUGAUCUCUAGAGUAUACUAAGAGAAUCCAACGUAAUUGUUACACUAGAUCUCCUGUAGUUAAUAUUUAUCUCAUUUACACAAAUUUAUAAUUAUUAUAUUGACUGAUAAAGCUUUUUUCUACUAUCCUUCAGUAACUUUGAGUGUAUAUUUUGUAUUUAAUUACCUAUUGAAUGUUGCAAAAAGUUACUGAAAAAGGGUCAUAUGUUAUUAAAAAAAUUCAUUACCUAUAUAAAAACGUGUUCAAAAUAAAAACAAAAAAGCUUCUAUAUAAUGGCUCGACUUCGUUUACCAUAUCCAAAAAUGUAUAUUUCGCUAUAUAAUAAUUGAUGAAAUUAUAAUAUGUAAAACAAAUGACAGUAUUUACUUGAAAGAAAAUCAUAGUAGGUCGAUUUUAAGUACAAAAAAAAAUUAAUGAAAAUAAAUAAAUGAAGACCAAAUAUCUUAAAACAAAACAAGACAAAUUUGAUAGACUUAUUUCUUAUUGUUAUAUUUUAAGACUUAAAUUGUUAAAUAGCUUUUUCAAAUGUGAAUUUGUUCUCUAGAAUCAAGGUAUGGAGUAGUAAAUAUACCUAUCUACAGCUAAAAGGUGACAGAAUUAUCAGUUUUUUUGAAUUCACUAAAACUUACUAAUAUUCAAUUUGUCUUUUUUAUAUUUUUUUAAAUUUAAAUGAAAAAUUACAUUGAAGUUCAUAUUUUCAUAUACUUAUUGUUAAUUCUGCUAAUAGUUUGCUACUUCUUAUCACCUCUAGGGAACAUUUAAAAAAGUUUCAGAUGAGCUUUUGAGUGCUGGUUGUUGAUUUUUUAGAUAAAAUAGAGCCACAACUUAUUAAUUAUCAUUAUUAUGAAUAAUUUUUAACAAGAUUAUUUAAAUGUUAUUGAUUAAUUAUAUUAACUGGCACAACUUUACAAGAAAUAAAUAUUAAAAUUGUUAAUAAACGUUGACUUUUAACUAAUAAAAAUAUACUUUGUCAAAUAAUAACUAAAACUCAACGUUUACUUACAAUUAAUUACGUUGUGCCUUCCUUAUAUCUGUUUGAAAACGCACAAAUUCAAUUCUCACUUUUUUGUGUUUCAGAAAAUUUGAGAAUUGUUUUGUAUCAUUGCAAGCACUUCGUUUUUGUUCCGUGUACAAAAACCAACAAAAAUACCAUACACAUGUAAGAUACUAUAAUGCUAUUUAAUGUUAUUUAAUCACAAAAAAAUGUUCCAAAAUUUAUUAUCUCCUGUUUCAAAUAUUGGCGAAAAUUUGAAUUCUGAUAUGCUUCAAAUUUUUGCUAAAUGAACAAAACGUUUUCUUCUUGUAAAUAGUUAUUAUUAUUCUCUAUUCCUGAUGAUAAAUAUACGCUUUUUAUGAAAUACAUUAUCAAUUUGAAAAACAAAAUGAUUAUGUCUUCAAUAGGCUUUCUUUCAAAGCUGGAUUUAGUCCUUUUGAUUUUCUGAUUUUGGCUGAAAAAAAAAAAUGAGUGACAGUUAUUUUUAGAAUUUUAUUUCAAGGUGCAUAACUUUAUAUAUUUCAGAAAAUUGAACGCACAAAUUUUUUUCAAAAUAAAUGGACAAUUGCUGUUACAUAUAGUAAAAUUUGUUUUUUUUUUUUAAAUUCAUAAUAACGGGAACAAACUAAAUUCAAGAUAAUAUUUGAAAUUAUUGUCCAUUUUUUUAAUCCAAGAAAUUGAAUAAAGUCAUGUCCCUUUGAAAUCAAUUUUCUAUAGUGAUUUGUAAAAUUGAAUGGUUGUGAACUUGGCAGCCGACAUAUCAAAAAUAUAAAUGGCCGAGACAGUCAAGAUUGCGCAUGAUACAGUCCUGCUUGUUACAGAAUUAUAUAUAAAAAAACAAACCUAUCAAUGUAUUAUACACACUGUAUCGAUAAAAAUGAUGAAAAUAAAAUCA